GCGGCGCGGGCGGCUGGCGGAGCAGGUCCCGUUGUGCUGCGGCUCCGCGCGGCCUGCAGUCCCGGGUCUGCACCCCGCGCCGCCCGCCCGCCCGCCCGCCAUGGAGUCCGGUCUCGACGGCCCCACUGCGCCCGGUCCCGCCGCCAUCCGCGAGGGCUGGUUCCGCGAGACAUGCAGCCUGUGGCCCGGCCAGGCCCUGUCGCUGCAGGUGGAGCAGCUGCUCCACCACCAGCGCUCUCGGUACCAGGACAUCCUCGUCUUCCGCAGCAAGACCUACGGCAACGUGCUGGUGCUAGAUGGCGUCAUCCAGUGCACGGAGCGGGACGAGUUCUCCUACCAAGAGAUGAUCGCCAACCUGCCGCUGUGCAGCCACCCCAAUCCCCGCAAGGUGCUGAUCAUCGGCGGUGGAGACGGGGGUGUCUUGCGUGAGGUGGUGAAGCACCCCUCGGUGGAGUCUGUGGUCCAGUGCGAAAUUGAUGAGGACGUCAUCCAAGUCUCUAAGAAGUUCCUGCCAAGCAUGGCCGUCGGCUACUCCAGCCCGAAGCUGACCUUGCAUGUGGGCGACGGCUUCGAGUUCAUGAAACAGAACCGGGACGCCUUCGACAUCAUCAUCACGGACUCCUCGGACCCCGUGGGCCCUGCCGAGAGCCUCUUCAAGGAGUCCUAUUACCAGCUCAUGAAGACGGCGCUGAAGGAGGACGGCGUCCUCUGCUGCCAGGGUGAGUGCCAGUGGCUGCACCUGGACCUCAUCAAGUCGAUGCGGCAGUUCUGCCGGUCCUUGUUCCCCGUGGUGAGCUACGCCUACUGCACCAUCCCCACCUACCCCAGCGGCCAGAUCGGCUUCAUGCUGUGCAGCAAGAACCCGAACACCAACUUCCGGGAGCCCGUCCAGCAGCUGACGCAGGCGCAGGUGGAGCAGCGGCAGCUGAGGUACUACAACGCCGAGGUGCACCGCGCCGCCUUCGUGCUGCCCGAGUUCGCCCGCAAGGCCCUGAACGAUGCAAGCUGAGCCCUGGUGCCGCACCGUGCCACUGUCCGAGACCUCGGGCUGGACCGGGGAGCCUCAGGGGAUGGCGGGCCCCCAGCCAGGACCGACCCCUUCAGCUCUCACCGCCGGCCGUGUGUGACAGGCCCCAGGAUGCCGCCUGCCAGCCCUGCUGGGCGGCUCUGCGUGUGCCCCACACCCAACCGUACCAGCUCUGUACAGCACCGUCUGCCCCUCACCCCUCAGCAAACACGUAUUUAUAACAAAGCUCA